AGUAGAGUAACUGCUGCAAUGAGAAACCUUCUCCUUAGGAUUCUGUUUUUGCUGUUUUCUCCUUCGCUCAAGACAUCAGAAGCAGCAACAAAAGCAGAAGCAACAGCUCUUCUCAAAUGGAAAACCAGCCUAACUUCUCCCACCAUCAUCAACUCAUGGUCCCAAAUCAAUGCCAGCAAUCCCUGCCGUUGGAUCGGCAUCAUCUGCAACGAUGCCUCCAUCAUCGUCCAGAUAAACCUCCCGAACUAUAAUCUCAUCGGCACCCUCGCUGGCCUCGACUUCUCAUCAUUCCCCAGUCUCACCCGCCUCAAUCUCAGCUCCAACAAUUUCAGCGGUCCGAUCCCAUCCGACGUAGGCCGCCUCUCGAAGCUCACCCACUUAGAUCUCAGCGGCAACAGCUUCACCAAAGAAAUCCCCGCUGAUAUCGGCAACUUAUCGGAGCUCGUCGACCUUCGCCUCCACAACAACAACCUCGACGGUCGGAUCCCGUUCCAGCUUCUUCAUCUCACAAAGCUACGGCGCCUCGAAGCCCAAGCGAACUUCUUACAAUCUCCACAUCCUUCAAAGGGCUCGAACAUGCCAUCGCUGGCGUACCUCAAUCUCUAUCGCAACGAACUCUCAUCAGGAUUCCCACCGUUCAUCGUCAAUUGCAGUAACCUGACAUACCUCGACCUGUCGGAAAAUAGUCUGGAAGGGCCUAUUCCUUCGGCAAUCGUACGGCUACGAAUGCUUCAACAUCUCGAUCUCCACCAAACUGGCUUGAAUUCUACCAUUCCAUCGGAGCUCGGUUCUUGUACUGGCCUUGUCUUCUUAGACCUUUCGAUGAACAAUCUCACCGGCAGAUUGCCUCUAUCUCUAUCCAAUUUGAGAAAAAUAUCAGAACUAGGGAUCUCGAGCAAUUUUCUCUCCGGCAAGAUCAUGCCGAUCUUCUUAACCAGUUGGACGCUACUGAUCUCCUUGCAACUCCAUUACAAUUCUCUCACCGGAGAGAUCCCGUCUGAGAUCAGCCAGCUGACGAAGCUUGAGAUUCUCUUCCUCUUUGAAAACCAGCUGUCGGGUCGGAUCCCACCGGAGAUCGGGACUUUAAAGAACUUGUUACAAUUAGCCCUCUCUGAUAACAGAAUUACAGGUUAUAUCCCUCCGGCGAUCGGCAAUCUGACACGGCUCCAGUACUUAAAUCUCCGCUCUAAUAAUCUCACCAGCACUCUCCCGCCUGAGAUUGGAGACCUCCGUUCUCUCUGGAUACUAGACAUUAGCACCAACCAAUUCCAUGGUGAAUUGCCGAAAACCAUCUCACGCCUCAAAAACCUUCAGUACUUCAUCAUCUACUCCAACAAUUUCUCCGGCAACAUUCCGAACGACUUUGGGCAGUACAGCUCUUUAAUUAAUGUCAGCUUCACGAAAAACAGAUUCUCCGGCGAACUGCCACCAUCCAUAUGCAGCCACUUCAGCCUCCAGCAUUUAUCCGCGAAUGAAAAUAACUUCACCGGGCCAUUGCCAGAUUGCUUGCGGAACUGCUCAGGGCUAUUAAGAGUCCGGCUGGGGCAGAACCAUUUCACAGGGAACAUAUCACAAGCAUUUGGAGUCCAUCCAAACCUUUCCUACAUUGAUCUAUCCGUAAAUCAGCUGUCAGGCGAGCUGUGGCCGGAGUUGGGAAAAUGCGGCAACAUCAAUUCCUUCCAUAUAUCCCAAAACAGAAUUUCAGGAACGAUUCCUACAGAGCUUGGGAAUCUAAUACAAUUACAAGAACUGAGCUUAUCGUCCAACCAUCUCACCGGAGAAAUCCCAUCUGAACUGGGGAACUUGGAUUUGCUAUCGAGGCUGAAUUUGAGUAACAAUCGGAUAUCUGGGGAGAUUCCUUCGAGUAUCGGCGGCUUAUAUGAGCUCCAAGAACUCGACUUAUCAGCAAAUGCAAUUAGUGGCGGAAUACCAGAAAAGAUUGGAGAUCUGCUCAGGUUGUUGAAAUUGAAUCUUAGCCACAACCGACUGUUGGGAGAAAUACCGUAUCAGCUCGGGAAUUUGUAUUCUCUGCAAUCCUCAUUAGAUCUCAGCGGCAAUUCGCUCUCGGGCAAGAUACCACAGAAUCUCGGGAAGCUGCAGUCUCUGGAGAAUCUCAAUCUCUCUCACAAUAGCCUCUCCGGUGGAAUUCCGGCAACUUUCUCUGAUAUGUUCAGCUUGCAAUCUGUCGACUUCUCGUAUAACAAGCUCAACGGCCCGAUCCCCACGGCAAAAGUCUUCCUGAAAUCCCCACCGCAGGCCUUCGUCGGGAAUCCGGGCUUAUGCGGUGAUGCGCCGGGAUUAGCCCUUUGUUACUCCAGUCCCACCAGGAGUGGGGCCCGCAAUAUAACCAUCGUUGCUGUCGUCAUUGCCAUCGCCGGCGGUUUGGUAAUUUUGGGGAUUCUCUUGACUUGGAUCGUCGUCGCCAGCCGGAAUACGAAGCAAGCGACGGACGAGAUCGAGUAUCCCACAGACCAGCCGGAUGAACGGUUGAUAUGGGACAUGAAGGUCAAAUUCACGUUCAGUGAUAUAGUAAACGCGACGGACCAUUUCCACGAGAAGCAUUGCAUCGGACAAGGAGGAUGCGGGAGUGUUUACAAAGCAGAGCUGGCAACGGGUCAGAUCGUCGCCGUCAAAUGCAUCUGCGCGUCAGAUUCCGGCGAUGUGCUGGCGGAGAGCCAGAGGGGGAGCUUCGAGAACGAGAUCCGAACGCUGACGAAGAUCCGGCACAGGAACGUCGUGAAGCUGUACGGGUUCUAUUCGACGGGAGGGAGGAUGUAUUUGGUAUAUGAAUACGUGGAGAGGGGUAGUUUGGGAAAGGUGUUGUAUGGGAGAAGCGAGGCUGUGGAGCUGGACUGGAGGGCAAGGUUGAAGGUUAUCCGAGGGGUGGCGCACGCUCUCGCCUACCUGCACCACGACUGCGGUCAGGCUAUCGUGCACCGGGACAUAUCGGUAAAUAACGUGUUGUUGGAGGGCGAUUUUGAGCCGAAGGUGUCCGACUUCGGAACUGCGAAGCUGCUGAGGGCAAAUUCGUCCAACUGGACCGCAACGGUCGUGGGUUCCUAUGGCUAUAUGGCGCCAGAGCUUGCUUAUAUGACGAGGGUUACAGAAAAAUGCGAUAUCUAUAGCUUUGGUGUGGUAGCAUUGGAGGUUAUGAUGGGAAGACACCCAGGAGAUCUCCUCUCAUCUCUGUUAGAAACAACAACAUCAUCCGACAGUCCAGAUACGCUAUCGAAGGAUUUGUUGGACCCACGUCUCCACUGUCCCACUGGUCAAUUAGAGGAGGAGGUGGUCUUUACGGUUAAGAUGGCCUUGGAAUGCACACGUGCGGACCCUGAGAUGAGGCCCGCCAUGGAUUUUGUAGCAAAGGAGAUGUCUGCUUGCUCUAAAGCAUUUCCGUCCAAUCGGUCUGGCACCAUUACCAUGACCAAACCAAGCAGUUUCAGAUGUAGUUCUAAUUGACUGCCAACACGUCUUUGUUGAGUUCCUACAAAAAUCCAUGUGUUGACACCUUCCUUGC